UUUAGAUCUUAUAACGAAGCAAACGACGACAAAGCGACGGAUGCCUUCUAUCUCAUAGACCACACGUUGAUUGAGCAAGCUUUACAAGCGCUAGAGAGCAUGGACAUGAAACUACCGAUAGUAACAUCACGGGACCACCCAAAGCCGAGAGUUAAUACUUCGAAAGUCGUUCAGCAAAACAUCAUCAAGAUAUUCACCACACAGAAUCCAGUGUCCCAGAAGAGAAUGCUCGCAGUUUCACGAACUCCGUCAAACACACGCUUCUAUUUCCGCACAAAAGACGCAGCGCUGUUUCGUGCCAUGGAAAAGGGUCUUUUUGACGGAUCAUCCUUGAGUGAAGUUUCUCAAGAAGGCUGGGAUAAGAUGAUCGAAGUCUGGAAGAACACCGUCGACUGUCAGAAGCUGCAUGAGAAUAAUACCGAUGUCGAUUGGAACGAGCCGCUAUGCUUUGCAUUAUCGAUUACCAUGGCGCGCAACCAGAAGAAUAUUCUUUCACUUCUCAAAGAUCUCACGCAACAGAACCGAGAAAAAAACGACAAGAAGGCCUCUAGUUCUUCUAUGAAGCACCACUUCCCGUUCGGCAAUACAAUAAAGCUACGAAACAUUGUCGAGCUCGAAGACGAAUGGCUGUACAAAAAACCCCUCUUUUUCAGCCAAGGUGCUUUGAACAUGCCAAAGACAACUGAUGACACGCCUAUUCUGGGUGUUUUGAUCGAUGUGCCCAAGGCUGGCAAAGGAGCAGAGGCUAGGAAGGAAGACUCUCGGUCGGUAACGAUAUCUAGGGUCAGCACAAUGGAAAAUCUUUUGGACCGGAGGCUCAGAACGCCCAAAGAUGCCAAGAAAAGACUCUGGGCCAUGUUCUCCGCUGGACCGGAUGAUAUCACUCAUUGUGAGAACACUGCUGGACCAGAUCCCAUUACGCAGCACCAGAUGGCCAACUUCCACCAGAGCCACAAAUCUUUUGAAAAACAUUUUGAAGAGGAUACUGUGCCAAAGAUGAAUACAUGGACGACUGAGCUUCACUUGUCAUUCUACGACAUUCUUGAGGGAAACAAAUCUCAGAAAGAACCGCAGGAUACAGGGGAUCUAAGCCUGCCGCCUACAGAAGCAAAGCUUGUCGAUACCUUCCUGACGAGAGUUCCCGCAAGCUGUCAGAUUGAAAGGGACUUUUUUGAUCGAUACUGGUCCUGUCGCUACUGGAAAUUAGAUCAACACGAUAAGAAAAGCGACGGCUCACAUACGAACAACGAUGACCACUCGUCAAUCACGGAUGAAGAUCGUAGCCAGAGGUCCACAGAGCCUGACAUGCAUAUCAGCAGGACUGUGGUCGAAGCGAUGAUGACUCUUAUGCUCAAGACUGAGAAGGAACCCACGGCUCAAGAUUUACAGAAAGGUCCUUGGCAACAAAGACGAGUCCUGGAGCUUUUGCUCGUGAGGAGAAUACUCAAAAAGAUGCUCAAAAGCUCGGACAAAAUCCUGAAGAUGGCUCGAUCAAGCAUAGAAAAGGUGUUCCAGCAAGUUCAAGACGUCCUUCAAGUGGUAGAAGGAGAUCUGGCGGAGAAUUUGGCACAGAUGGAGUUAUGGCGCACUCGGGAAAAAGACCGUCAGGCAGAAAAGCCGCGAUGGACCUUGAACGACGAAAACCGCUACCGAGUUAUCAUUGUGAAACUGCGUGUUUCGAAUGAACACGAUGUUCAGAAGCUGAAGCGGAUUCAUCUGGAAAUUGCGAGCUUGAAUGAGCUUCUUGCGACAAGGUUAGAGGUCAUGCGGAACGAUCUGGAACAGCGUCGGGCGAACGACACCCAGAAGUUUACCUACGUUACUGUCGUGUUUCUACCUCUAGGUUUCGCAACUGGGGUGUUCAGCAUGAGCGGUACACCCCUCGUUAGCAUGGUGUUCACCGCGAUCGUGUCUUUGGUUGUCACUGCGCUGAUGCUAGGUGUCACGCAGGCGUUCGACUCUAGGACACUCACCAAGUGGCGAAAGCAGGCCAUUGAGGCUGAAUUUGCAUUCCCCAAGAACUUACAGACCAUACAGAACAAGAAGAAGCUGGCGGACCCGGAGAGGGCAGACGCUUCAAGGUUGGGUGGUGGGGCUGGGGCUUCGAGAGAACGAAGAGCUUCGCUGGAGAGGAGAGCUUGA